AUGGAAUCACACGUCAAGUAUCUUGACGAGCUCAUAUUGGCAAUAAAAGACCUGAACUCCGGGGUGAGUUCUGAGGUUCAAAUCAAAAACGUGCCCACGGAUCCACCUACUUCCCAGGAGUGUACCAAGAGUUUGAAGAUCCUGAAUACUCUCAUAAGGAAUCUCAAGGAUCAGAGAAGAAACAACAUUAUGAAAAAUGAUACUAUAUUUUCAAAAACUAUUUCGGCGCUCGCCCUGCUUUUGGAGUAUAAUCCCUUCCUACUUAUGACUAAGGACUCUACGGGGAACCUUCAGAUACAAAGGCUUAUAGAUGACAUUCUCUGUGUAUCUGUUCUGAACUAUGAUAAGUGCCAUAGGAUUUGGUUCAUAAGAAAAAAAUUAGGGAGAUGGUGCAAAGCUUGUGUUCAGUUUUAUGGAAAACCCGCUAAAUUACAACUUACCACACAUUUUGAAGCCCUUAUCAAUAUUUACGAGCAAGCUUUAACAGAAGUCCUGCUGGGUAUCACUGAGCUUUCCAAGUUUUAUGAAACGCUAAAGCAUUUAUACGUUCUCUUAUACUGGUUCACUUCUGAGUAUAGUACCUUCGGAAACUCAAUAGCAUUUCUGGAUUCUUCUUUAGGAUUCACCAGAUUCGACUUAAACUUUCAACGGCUAAUAAGGAUAGUUCUUUAUGUCUUUGAUUCCUGUCAAUUAUCAACGCUAGAAUAUGCUGGAAUUCAACUCAAAUACGUUUCCCUAGUUGUGGAUUAUGUCUGCAAUAGAACAGUAACUACAGCCCUAGACACUCCAACACUAGUUAGUAAUGAACGGUUAAUAUUUGCAUUGACUACCUUAAACCACUUUUUGGAUAACAAAUAUGGACUCUUAGAUAAUGAUCCUACAAUGGCAAAAGGAAUCCUUCGGCUAUAUUCUCUUUGUAUUUCUAAUGAUUUUUCAAAAUGUUUCAGAGACCACUUCCCCAUUGAUCAGUGGGCAGAUUUUUCGCAAAAUGAUAUUUUCCCAUUCACUCAAUUGACUAACAAAUCUCUCUCAAUUGUACACUUCGACCUGAAAAGAAGGUCUCUUCCGGUUGGAGCCUUAAAGCACGAUAAUAAUUAUAACAUUUGGGUUUACCAGUCCGAGAAGGACUCGAGUUUGAGAAAUGCUACUUCUCCCUUUGAUGACCGAUAUAAGCAACUAGAGAAAUUAAGAUUAUUAGUACUAAAAAAAUUCAAAAGGACAGAAAGAGACACUUUGUUCAAAUAUCGUGUAAAUCAGUUGAGUCCUGGAUUCUUUCAAAGAACGGAUAAUGAUUUAAAGCUGAUUUUAAACGAAGCAUCUGUAUCUAUUCGAACUUGCUUUAAGACAAACAAUGUAACAAGGCUAACGUCAUGGACUGUAACUCUCGGGCGGCUAGCGUGUCUAGAAUCAAAGAAGUUUGCAGGCUGUCAAACAAAUUUUACAAAAAAUAUGGACAAUUGGUUCGUUUGUCAUUUAUGCGAUGUCGAUAAAACAGGGAAUCCGUUUGAAAGAAUUAAUCCCAAUAGACCUGAGGCUGUAAGUAAAUCAGAAGUCUUCAAGAUACUUUAUUCAAACUUCCUCUCUCAUUCAAAUGUAGACGAAUUUAGUCAAUCUCUAUUAAGCGGCAUUUUAUUUUCUCUACAUAGAAUCUUUUCCCAUUUUCAGCCACCAAAACUUAUAGAUGGCGAUGGUCAGAUCAAUAAGGCUUUUACUCUAGUUCAAAAGUGCUUUAUGAAUCCUAAUAGAUAUUUACGUCUGCUAAGUACCAGAAUAAUACCUUUGUUCAACAUAUCAGACUCUCAUAAUUCCGAAGAUGAACAUACUGCCACGUUAAUAAAGUUUCUACAAUCCCAAAAAUCACCAGUUGUAAAAGAAACUUUAGCCAUUGCUUGGACCCAAUUGACAUUGACGACUUCUAAUGACGUUUUUGAUACACUUCUUUUGAAGCUGAUUGAUAUCUUCAAUUCCGAUGAUUACAGUCUUCGAAUAAUGAUGACAUUCCAAAUCAAAAACAUGGCCAAAAUUUUAAACAAAUCACCGUAUCAAUUAUUAUCUCCUAUUUUACCUGUAUUGCUAAGACAGUUGGGGAAGAAUCUUGUAGAGAGAAAGGUUGGAUUCCAAAAUUUAAUCGAAUUAUUAGGCUAUUCUUCUAAAACAAUUCUUGAUAUAUUCCAAAGAUAUAUCAUUCCUUAUGCAAUUAUUCAAUACAAGAGUGAUGUACUAAGCGAAAUUGCAAAAAUUAUGUGUGAUGGUGACACGAGUUUAAUCAAUAAGUUAAAGGUGAAUCUAUUAAAAAAAAACAGUAGACAAAUAUUUGCAGUGGCGUUAGUGAAACAUGGACUUUUUUCACUGGAUAUUUUGGAAACCCUUUUCCUUAACAGAGCUCCCACUUUUGAUAAAGGAUAUAUUACUGCCUAUCUUCCUGAUUAUAAAACAUUGGCUGAAAUAACAAAACUUUAUAAAAAUAGCGUUACUAAAGAUGCAAAUGAUAGGGAGAAUGCAAACAUGAUCUUAUGUUCUUUAAGGUUUUUAAUCACCAAUUUUGAAAAGGACAAAAGACAUGGUUCGAAGUACAAAAAUAUAGAUAAUUGGACGGAGGAUCAGGAACAAGCGUUCCAAAAGAAGUUACAGGAUAAUAUUUUAGGUAUAUUCCAGGUUUUUUCGAGUGAUAUACACGAUGUUGAAGGUCGCACCACUUACUACGAAAAAUUAAGGGUAAUUAAUGGUAUUUCUUUCCUUAUCAUAUAUGCACCAAAAAAAUCUAUAAUUUCCGCAUUAGCUCAAAUUAGUAUUUGUUUACAAACAGGACUAGGACUCAAAGAAGUUCGGUACGAGGCAUUUAGAUGUUGGCAUCUGUUGGUUCGCCAUCUAAAUGAUGAAGAACUAUCUACCGUCAUAGAUAGCUUAAUUGCAUUUAUUCUUCAAAAAUGGUCUGAGUUCAAUGGAAAGCUUAAGAACAUAGUAUACAAUAUACUGGAUACUCUUAUCAAAGAGAAAUCAGAUUUGAUUUUAAAAUUUAAACCAUACACUACUUUAGCCUUAGUAGGCAAACCUGAAUUAGGGAUUUUAGCCCGUGAUGGUCAAUUCGCAAGAAUGGUGAAUAAAAUAAGAAGCACUACGGACCUUAUACCCAUAUUCGCUAAUAACCUAAAAAGUAGCAACAAGUACGUCAUAAACCAGAAUUUAGACGAUAUAGAGGUAUAUCUUAGGAGAAAGCAAACAGAAAGGUCGAUUGAUUUUUCACCGAAGAAGGUUGGACAAACUUCUGAUAUAACUUUGGUACUUGGUGCUUUACUAGAUACUUCCCAUAAGUUUAGGAAUUUAGACAAAGAAUUGUGUGAGAAAUGUGCUAAGUGCAUCAGUAUGAUCGGUGUCUUAGACGUUACAAAGCAUGAGUUUAAAAGAACCACUUAUUCGGAAAACGAAGUUUAUGAUUUGAACGAUAAUAUUCAGACCAUUAAAUUCCUAAUAUGGGUAAUUAAUGAUAUUCUCGUUCCUGCCUUUUGGCAAAGUGAAAAUCCUAGCAAACAAUUAUUUGUUGCUCUUGUUAUACAGGAAUCAUUAAAAUACUGUGGUCUAAGUUCAGAGUCAUGGGAUAUGAAUCAGAAAGAGUUAUAUCCAAAUGAAACCAAACUAUGGGAAAAGUUCAAUUCCGUCUCCAAGACAACCAUCUAUCCACUUCUAUCUUCCCUAUAUCUCGCCCAAUCUUGGAAAGAAUACGUCCCGCUGGAUUAUCCUUCUAAUAACUUUAAGGAGGGAUAUAAAAUUUGGGUGAAAAGAUUUACAUUGGAUCUACUAAAAACUGGAACAACUGAAAAUCACCCGCUACACGUGUUUUCUUCUUUAAUUAGAGAGGAUGAUGGCUCGCUGUCGAAUUUCUUGCUACCUUAUAUUUCUCUAGAUAUUAUUAUAAAAGCGGAAAAAGGAACUCCAUACGCAGAUAUUUUGAACGGGAUCAUCGUUGAGUUUGACAGUAUUUUUACUUGCAAUCUGGAAGGAAUGAAUAAGUUGCAAGUUGAUUCAUUAAGAAUGUGCUACGAAUCGAUUUUUAGGGUUUUUGAGUAUUGCAAAAAAUGGGCAACUCAAUUUAAACAAAACUAUAGUAGACUCCAUGGUACUUUUAUUAUAAAAGAUAUAAAAACAAUUAACAUGCUUUUGAGGAUCGACAAAUUUUUGCAAACAACCCCCUCGGAUUUGUUAGCUCAACGGUCUUUGGAGACGGAUUCAUUUGAGAGAUCUGCUCUAUACCUUGAACAAUGCUAUCGACAGAAUCCUCAUGAUAAGAAUCAAAACGGACAACUGCUUAAAAAUCUACAAAUCACGUAUGAAGAAAUCGGAGACAUUGAUUCCCUCGAUGGUGUACUGAGAACUUUUGCUACGGGAAAUUUAGUCUCCAAAAUCGAAGAGUUACAGUAUUCCGAAAACUGGAAACUUGCACAAGACUGCUUUAAUGUUCUCGGGAAAUUUUCAGAGGAUCCCAAAACUACUACUAGGAUGCUAAAGUCCAUGUAUGACCAUCAAUUGUAUUCUCAAAUAAUAUCAAGUUCUUCUUCUCAUUUUGCGGACAAUAAAAUGUCAUUGUGUCCAGAAGUAAAUGAGUGGUAUAGUAUAGGGCUUGAAGCGGCCAAUCUUGAAGGUAACAUUCAAACUUUAAAGAACUGGGUAGAGCAAAUAGAAAGCCUAAAAGAUGUUGAUGAUAGAGAAGUGCUUUUGCAAUACAAUAUUGCUAAGGCCUUAGUCGCCAUUUCAAACAAUGAUCCAUUGAGGACUCAAAAGUACAUCCACAAUUCCUUCAGGCUUGUGGGAACAAAUUUUAUAACAGCAUCUAAAGAGACGACGUUGUUAAAAAAACAGAAUUUGUUAAUGAAAUUACACAGUUUAUAUGACCUUAGUCUGCUAUCCUCCGCGAAAGAUAAAUUUGAAUAUAAAAGCAACACUACUAUACUUGAUUACCGAAUGGAACGUAUUGGGGCUGAUUUUGUGCCCAAUCAUUACAUACUGUCAAUGAGAAAGUCAUUUGAUCAAUUGAAACUGAAUGAACAGACAGACAUUGACCUAGGAAAAACAUUCUUUACUUUAGCUCAAUUGGCGAGAAACAACUCCAGGUUAGACAUAGCUUCCGAAUCUUUGAUGUACUGUUUGGAAAAGCGAUUGCCUCAAGCAGAGUUGGAAUUUGCUGAGAUACUAUGGAAGCAAGGCGAGAAUGAUAGAGCUUUAAAAAUAGUUCAAGAGAUACAUGAAAAGUAUCAAGAAAAUUCAUCCGUCAAUUCUCGCGAUCGUGCUGCUGUACUAUUGAAGUUUACUGAAUGGUUGGAUCUAUCAAACAAUUCGGCAUCCGACCAAAUUAUUAAGCAAUAUCAGGAUAUAUUUCAGAUUGAUUCUAAAUGGGAUAAACCAUAUUAUUCCAUUGGUUUAUACUAUAGUAGACUACUUGAGCGUAAGAAAGCAGAAGGUUAUAUUACUAAUGGUCGUUUUGAAUAUAGGGCAAUAUCUUACUUCUUACUAGCAUUUGAAAAGAAUACAGCUAAAGUGAGAGAAAAUUUACCUAAAGUUGUCACGUUUUGGUUAGAUACUGCCGCCGCAUCAAUUUCUGAGGCUCCAGGAAACAGAAAGGAGAUAUUGAGCAAAGCAACAGAGGAUAUAUGUGGUCAUGUCGAGGAAGCGUUGCAACACUGUCCAACGUAUAUUUGGUACUUUGUUUUGACUCAGCUAUUAUCUAGAUUACUACACUCACAUCAAUCAUCCGCACAGAUAAUAAUGCAUAUACUUUUAAGUUUGGCUGUUGAAUAUCCAUCGCAUAUUUUAUGGUAUAUCUCUGCCCUGAUGAACUCCAAUUCUUCUAAAAGAGUUCUUCGUGGUAAGCAUAUUUUAGAAAAGUAUAGACAACACUCACAGAAUCCUCAGGAUUUAGUGUCCACCGCAUUAGAUUUAACUAAAGCAUUGACCCGCGUUUGUUUGCAAGAUGUCAAAAGCGUCACAAGUAGAUCAGGUAAAUCUUUAGAAAAAGAUUUCAAAUUUGACAUGAACGUGGCUCCCUCCGCAAUGGUUGUUCCAGUAAGAAAAAACUUAGAUAUAAUUUCACCUUUAGAAUCCAACUCAAUGAGGGGCUACCAACCAUUUAGACCCGUCGUUACUAUAAUCAGAUUUGGAUCAUCUUAUAAGGUAUUUUCUUCGCUAAAAAAACCCAAGCAAUUGAAUAUUAUAGGAUCAGACGGUAACAUUUAUGGAAUUAUGUGUAAGAAGGAAGAUGUUCGACAAGAUAACCAAUACAUGCAGUUUGCAACAACAAUGGAUUUUCUUUUGAGUAAGGAUAUAGCAUCAAGAAAGAGAAACCUAGGUAUAAACAUUUAUUCUGUGCUAUCUCUCCGAGAGGAUUGUGGCAUAUUGGAAAUGGUACCAAACGUUGUUACUUUAAGGUCUAUCCUUUCUACUAAGUAUGAAAGUUUAAAAAUUAAGUAUAGCUUGAAAAGUCUGCAUGAUAGGUGGCAACACACUGCGGCAGACGGGAAACUAGAGUUCUAUAUGGAACAGGUUGAAAAAUUUCCUCCGAUAUUGUACCAAUGGUUUUUAGAAAACUUUCCCGACCCUAUUAAUUGGUUUAAUGCUAGGAAUACGUACGCCAGAUCCUACGCCGUCAUGGCAAUGGUUGGACAUAUAUUAGGUCUCGGUGACAGGCAUUGUGAGAACAUAUUGCUUGAUAUACAGACGGGUAAAGUCCUUCAUGUAGAUUUUGACUGUUUAUUUGAAAAGGGGAAGAGGUUACCUGUUCCAGAAAUUGUACCAUUUAGAUUAACGCCAAAUCUAUUAGAUGCGCUGGGGAUUAUUGGGACAGAGGGGACAUUCAAGAAGUCUAGUGAAGUCACAUUGGCUUUGAUGAGAAAAAAUGAAGUAGCCUUGAUGAACGUGAUCGAAACAAUUAUGUAUGACAGAAACAUGGACCAUUCGAUACAAAAGGCGUUGAAAGUUCUAAGAAACAAAAUACGUGGAAUAGAUCCACAAGACGGCCUGGUAUUAAGUGUUGCUGGUCAAACAGAAACUUUGAUCCAAGAAGCCACAUCAGAGGACAAUUUAAGCAAAAUGUAUAUUGGUUGGCUCCCAUUUUGGUAG